AUGGAUGCUCUCAUAAAAUACGGCGGUCUUCAAAAAAAUCCACUCUAUAGUUGCCAAGAAAAUCAUCCGAUUGGUGAAAGACGUGAGAUUAUUGGUGUUGCAAGUAUUUUAAUGGGAAUCGUGGCUUCAUUUUUCUUCAUAUAUUGUUUGAAAAUUAUGCUUAACCCCGAUUUAUUCAAGCUUUCCUGCUAUAAAAUCAUGUUUUUUGUCGGAGUUGUUGAUGUGUUGGCGAUUUUUAUAAGCGCGAUUCUAACAGGUGUUCUUGGUUACAUCGGAGCGACUUUUUGUGACUAUCCCUUCUUGAUAUAUAUUUCUGGCGCGCUUGGAUUAUCUUUCUGGUGUUGCUCAUGUUUGGCAAAUAUUGUGCUUCUUAUCAAUCGGAUUCUAUGUUUCAAAUCCAUCAAAUAUUAUGAGAUGUUUUUUGAUGGUUUCCGUACUUAUGUUGCACUUAUUCUUCCUAUAAUUUAUGGUCUUUACUUUUUGAUUUUCACCAAACCUGUGAUUUUUUCUCCAACGAUCUUUGCAUGGAUUUUUGACCCACAAAUUUAUUCAAAUCGAAGUAGUGAAUAUAGAAAUAUCUAUCACACAAUGAAUAACUUUGUGAUGGUUGUAAUAACAUCUGUUCUCUAUAUCUGGAUACUUGUCAUUGUUCUUCAGAAUUGGAUUCAGCGAAAAAAAUCAGCAGAUGACAAUCAUAGUCGUUUGACGUCAAAAACAGUGAGUAGACAGAAACUUCCUAGAAAAUAAUGUUUUUGUUAUUUUUUCUAGAAAAAUACAAUUUUAAAACAAGCAGUCGCAAUUUGUGCCAUCGACCAAAUAGGAUCUAUUGCUUAUGUCGCUAUGAACUUUAUCAUAUUUCCAGCAUGGAGCGGAGUUUUUGCACAACUCCUCUGGUUUUGUGCACACUCUUUCCCUAUCGUCAUUUAUUUAACAAUGAAUCGCACUAUGAUGUCAAGAUUUUCAAAAAUAUUCUGCAAGUCUAAACUAAAUAACGCACAAAUCAAUCCGUCUUCUGCUGUUGUCACCAAAUAAUUAUAGAUUUUGGUUUUUGAUUAAAAUUUGUCAUAUUUUAUACUUUUCUAUUUUUCUCACAUAAAGUUCAUUCAGUUUCUGAAAGUUUAUUUUUUUCCAAACGUUCAUGAAUGAAUGAAGUUCAUUAAAUACCACCACAAUGUGAUCAUAAUUUUUUCAAAGUUUUUUUUUGAUAUCAUUUGUAUUCUAUUUGCUGAUCAACGAUUUUGUCUGAUCUAAUCUCCGGAGAUUACUUUUUUUCUCAAUAAAAGGCGAGAUCUGGAACCUAUUUUUCAGUUCAUUUUGAGAUGGAAGCUCUCAUAAAAUAUGGUGGUCUUCAAUCUAAUCCACUUUACGAUUGUUCGAAAGAUACUACAGUUGGUAUACGACGUGAGAUAAUUGGACUCAUAAGUAUGAUUAUCGGAACUGUCACUUCGAUUUUGUUCAUCAUCUGUUUGAAGAUCAUGCUAUGCUCAGACUUGAUUAAAUUAUCGUGCUACAAAAUAAUGUUUUUUGUUGGAGUCCUUGAUGUUCUCGCAAUUUGUGUGAAUGCUAUCCUGACUGGAUUUCUUGGCUUCUAUGGCAUCACAUUCUGCGAAUAUCCACUAUUGAUAUAUCUUUCGGGUGCAGCUGGAUUGACUCUUUGGUGCAGCUCAUGUCUUGCAAAUAUCGUUCUUCUCGUAAAUCGUAUUCUCUGUUUCAAAUCAUUAGUUUACUACGAGAUGUUUUUCGAAGGAUAUCGAGUCUAUAUAACACUGUUGCUUCCAAUAAUUUAUGGUUUAUACUUUCUGAUUUUCACUAAGCCUGUCAUCUUUUCCUCUGCAUUAUUUGCAUGGCUUUUCGACCCGUUGAUUUUCCCUGAUCGAAGUUUGGAGUAUGCUAAUGUCUAUCACUAUGCUAAUAACUUUGUCGUCGUUGUCAUCACUUUGGUUCUGUACAUUUAUAUUAUCAUAAUUGCGAUACAAAACUGCAGAAAACCUACGGAUGAAACAACUGAUGCACAAAGUCAAUUGACAGCCAAAAAAGUGGGUUAACUUUAGAAUUUUUACUGAGAAUUUGUCGUAUUUUUAGAACAACACUGUUCUCAAACAAGCCGUUGCAAUUUGUGCAAUCGAUCAAUUAGCCUCGAUUUUCUACGUUGCUAUGAACUUCGUUACUUUUCCAGCGUGGAGUGGAAUUCUCGCUCAAUUCCUAUGGUUCUGUGCACAUGCUUUCCCAGUGGUUAUCUAUUUGACAAUGAAUCGCACGAUGAAAUCGAGAUUUUUGAGAAUGUUCUGUAAAGCUAAAUAUGCUGUUCGAAUUGGUCAAUCGACCACAGUAACUAAGUAG